AUGGGCUUUUCGAGUCGACGCCCACCUCUGCCUGCGGCCACAGAGUCAUCUUUAGGACCUGCCGACGAAACUGGUCCCGGUACGGAUCUUGGGACAGAUCUCUCUCGACGAAGCGAAAAGACCUCCGAGACAAUCCCUGACGACGGAAGCCCGAUCACCAUUACCCCGGCCCCUAAGCGCACGAUUGGAAAACUAGCAAAGUCUGGUCAACAGUCUCAGACUUCGCUACUUAUCGAGUUAUUUGAAGGAGGUAAAACAUCCGAACCAGGACAGAGGCGACCCAGCUUACGAGUUCGCUAUACACCAUCCCACUCCCGGAAAAAUAGAGACAAGGGGGAGCGUCACAUCCUGGUCACCGAGUCUCCGACGGCGAGGAGGCCUUCCCUUAGCCACCGCAUUUCACUUGGAGGAAACGAGACUCUUGCGCCAAACGUCAUUGAAGGCAGCAUCAGCUCCUUGGAUACCGGCGACGACUUCAGGCCUACCGUCCCCGUCGAAAUUGAAGUCUUACAGGACGGAGAUAGUGACAGGUCCGUUUUGAGUCCGCCGCCCGAGACCAGGUCCAUCAUCCCAGAGUCAGACAUUUCGUCUAUGCCAGCAGAGAGCUCUCUGGGACCCAAUCCACCUAUCAACAUGUCGCCUGCCAGCCAGAGUGUCAGUAUCACUCGAGGUAUGUCGUCUGAAGGAGCUUCGUUGAAACCACCUGUCAUUCCGGCUGAUCGCAAUCUGAGCAAUGAGCGUAUCACACAAAAAGUCAUCGAAAAGCUGAGCAAUAAACCACGAGUGUCGAGCAGUGGAAAGCGUCAUCAUAGCAGUCACAGUGGAACUCGGAGCAGCGUGAGCAGAGAAACGGAAUCGAUGCACAAUGAACCGCGAAUCCGAGUCACAAAAAACGUAGAUGACGAUUCCCUGCAUAGCAACACCGGGUCCAGUAUGGUCAGUGGCUCUCAAUUGUCUGCAGACCCGCGGGCAGCAGACCAACGAUCGGCCCGCUCAGGAACAUCAAACGUCUCGGUCACGAAUAAUCCGAAACUACUUCAAUCGGUAGAAGAUGCCAUCAAAAGGCUUAUAUUGCCUGAGCUCAACGAAUUGCGCCGGAACCAGAAGCAUACCCACCGAUCACGCCAGGAUAAAUAUAGCAAUCCUUCGGACGUGUCUUCAAGUACUCUAUCACGAGAGGACAGGACGCAUCGCAGAUCAUCGGGGAGCAAAUCAAAGCGUCGAGUUAGUCGAGACUCUGAAUCUGGUGCGCCUUCAGAUUCGUCUCGCCGUCAUAGACGUCACAAGACCGUCGACUACGAUUCACCUUCAGAGCACAGUUACGAGCCAUCCGAGUCUUUCGACAGUCUGGGCAACGAGAAGAAGUUACGCAAGCAUUCGAAAAGCCGUCAUGCCCGCGACGUCGCCGCUGGGGCCGUCGGAGCUGCAGCCCUAACCGCUGCGGCUCUGAAGUCGCACGAUUCGGGAUCGAGCCUGGAAUAUUCGGAGCAUCGCAGACGGCGGAGAAGCAAAAGCCGUAGCAGCCGCAGUGCAAGCUAUACUGAGAAAGAGGAUGUUUUCCAAAAACACCAAGUGCCGCCUAUGCCAUUCGUCAGCGAAAUUGGUACCGAUCUCACUCGAAGCUCACUCAAAUCCUCAAAUGACGGACGCGCCGAGACACCAACGCGCCGUGAGGUGCGUGAAGUGAUACGCGGAUCUCCUUUUGAACUUUCCUCGCCAGCGUCUCAAGCGACGCCAACUUCGAAUGCUCUCGAUUUGAAACGGGGACUUGGUACCCACCAUGGUAACUUCUCGGAGCACGAUUUGUCGGCCCAUGACUUGUCAGCCAAGAAAGAAGUGUUCGAUGAGGGCACUGUUGACAAGCCGCAUGAUACAGAGGAGCUGGAUUUCGCUACUCACGGAUUUGCAGCUCUGACAGAUCCGGAAAGGGCUCGUCAAUAUGAAAGAAAUCUCCAUCAGCAGCAUCCCAUCAGGCGGGGCCUCAGUCCAAUACAGAGCGUUGCCAGUUAUGCGACUACAGAACCCAAUCGCAACUCCUUGAUGCAGCCACGCAGCUCAGACUCCUUACAUUCACCGGGUAAAAAUAUCCGUAUGGAUGACCAAGUCUCAGUCUCGUCCCUCUCUUCAGCGCCUAGCACUGACCUGGCUCGCUCAAGACGACCUCAUGGAAUGAGUUUGGAGAGCCGGAGCGAGAUCAUGAAUCAACAUGUGAACUCCCUCGAUAGCACCCCUCGCCAAGUGGAUCAACACGCUUUGAGUGAACACCACCUCGAAGACGACAGCUAUCAUGAUUCGCCAUACAUCGACAAAGUAAUUGCAGGCCAACAAGUUGUCGCUAAAGGCAUUGGGGCAACAGCGCAGUACAUUGAUGAAUCGUCCGGUAUCGAGUCUGCAGUCGCAUCACUAGUUGAACCUUCUCUCCUCUCCGCCGAUUAUUCGUAUUCACCCCGCCACAGUCAGGCAGACUCACUAGGCGCUCGUGAGAUCGCCAGUCCUCCGUUAUCCCACCAUGAUCAUGUGUCAAGGCACAGUGGCAGCCCGCUGAAACGGCAAAUUUCGAAUCAAAGCGAGAGCGUACACGGGCUCGCUCCAGAACCAGUGGCUCUGAUGUCGUCCCCCCAACAGAGUCCUGCUCGCUCAAUUGAACAUUUGGAGCAAGCCUCCGCCAACUCAGUCCAGCCAGCACCUCUUGCUACUAGUAACGUGCCCAGCGGCCCAGUAGAACGUUCACCUGAGUCGGACAUCACCACCAAUCCAUCUAUCAUCCGAGGUCCGAUCGGCGGCCUUGCGCAGGGCAACACUGAGCAUUGGCCUUAUGAUCCAACACCUCCACACUCUCGAGGCGACCUGGUACUUCCGCCGGUGAGUCGCGAUAUUGGUUCAGCUGGGGCAGAUCUUAUCCCUGAAGCCUUGUCCAUCAACCGUGACCACGAUCUGGAUCCAAAACGUGACCUCUAUGUACAGCCUCAGCCUCUAUCAACCCCUCUGGGAGCUAAGGACGAGGGUUACGAGACCGGAGCGAACGUACCAUCACCGGCUUUGUAUUCCCAAGAGCCAGGGGCCCGAGACAACACCUUUACACCAGAAGUGCCAAUCGACAAUGCUCCUCUCACUGACGACCCCUUCACUACGCAGCGGGAUCAGUACGUCAGUGGACUUUCGCAUGGAAUGUCGCCUAUGUAUGAUAGUGCAACGGGCCGCGGCCGCGAUAAUAUCCAGUCCAAAGAUAUUGUGGCUCUCAUGGAUCAUCUGACAAUGCGCGACGCCCAACGAUACGCAAGAGACACGGAAAUCCUUGUGACGCUGGUUCGCAGCGCCGCAGAAGUGCGCAACUCGUUUGAGGAUAUGAAAAAGUUCAUUGCAGAACAGGACGAUCUUAUCAUGGACACUGCUGACAAACAACAUGAAAGAACGCAAAAGGUUAUUGGGGGGCCGCGACCACAACCCACAUCUGCUCCUCGCCCGACGAUGUCGGCUACUUCCGAGGAGGACAUGCCUUUGAAGCGCCGCAAUGUUUUCCAACGUGCGCUUCGAGGGCUUGGAGCUAAAAACUCGCAAGAACUGCAGAACAUUGAGGCCAUGUUGAUGCGGCUUUUGGAUGAAGUUGAGGCACUGAGGGCGUCGCAGCCUCCAGCCGUUGCAAGAGAUCAGCCUAGAUCUACCAGCUUAGCCUCUGCAGAUAACGCUCGUGCUCCUACAGACACAGGAUAUGAGCCAGAGGGCCAAGCAGGGACCUCGUCAACAGGGGAUCGUUCUGGAUUCUUUUCGAACAAUUCCUCUCGCCAAGCGGAUUAUCGCAACUACAACGUACAUCGAGAUUCCGGUAACCGAGUGAGCACGGUCAUGGAGGGCGAUGAGGAAUACGACGAUUAUGGGGACCAUCUCGGCGGAGCUCCAGCUGGAAAUGCACAAGUCGUCAGCCACACGCCGCUGGACACGCCUCCAAGGAAUGAUCUAGUCCGACAAGCCAGAGGAGGUUCCGUUCCUUUGAAUACUCCACCUCGGACGCAGGACCAAAACACGGGAUCGCUAAGCCACGAGAACACACCUCACCUUUCCGCGGGAGACGCGUCUGGACGGAAACACAAGUCUUUCGCAUCUUCGUUUAUUCCAAAAAUGGUCUCUCGGUGGUCCAAGACUACCGCAUCUUCUGCCGAUAAUUUCCGGAUGAGUCAACAACGAGUGAGACCCGAUUCUGAACACUCUCGGUCAGGAUCCAAUCUCGGAGAUUACGAAUUCGAGCAUGAUCCUCAGGGUAAUGACCGUCUUCGCUCGAAUACUUCAUUCCAACGAGAUCAGUACGACGAUGUAGAGAACCGACCUCCAUCUCCUCUAGUCCCAAGCCAGUUGACGGACAACCCCAAGUAUCAAGCUCACAGAAACAGCAUCAAUCUUCAGCAUCCACAACCUAGACAAGGACCGUCAGGUCGCUUCCAAUCUCGUUUGGAAUCCGAAGCACAGCUCUAUAAUAAUGAACAAAUCUCGCCAACCUCGCAGACUUCAUCUCAGUGGGAGACGCAUUCGGGACUGCAGCCGAACCAUCACACAACUAUCUCCUAUGGAGGACACCUUAGUCCUAUCUCCGACUCACCCUACACUGCAGAGCCAGGCCAACUACAUGACAACACAAGCAUCCGAUCAGGAAGCUCUCAUGGCCCGCCUCGGCCGCCAAAGAUCCCCAACGACGAGCCUUUGGUGCCGCAACGUCCACCCAAGGUUAUGAUGAGUCCCACAUCCAAUCGACAGCAGACCUACGUCGAUCAUGUUGCCGCAGCAAGGGCGGGAAGCCCAGCAUUUGAUAAGUCUCCCGUAGCGGCACUUAGAUCUCCACAGAGUCAGGCGCGAAAGCCCUCAGGGCCGAGACCCCUUGCCGGAUCUGGUGGAUCGAAGGGUGAUUUGAAUGCCGUCAAAAGAACAAGAUUCAGAGGUAGUCCAAACCAGAUUGAUAGCGAGGACGAGGCCACUGCGGCAUAUUGA